ACCUUACUUAGGGACCGGUGUUGUGUUGGAGUUUGACGUGGCACUCUGCUUUCAGUAUCAGGAAUUCAUAGAGAAGAGGACUCGGCAGAUACUCCCAAGAAUACAGGUUCUUGGAUCUCCGCUAUUUUGGAAUGAGAAGACCUUAACAGCAUUUAGGAUGAGUCAGCAGGGUUAUGUUGCCACGCCUCCGUACUCCCAGGCCCAGCCUGGGAUGGGGGGCUACCCAGCUGGGUUUGGGAGUUCGCCUGCCCAGCCUCUCUAUGGACACUAUGGGGGACAACCUCAGUCAUUCCCCACCCCACUGACAGGUGUGAUGAAGCCUGUAUCGUCCCCCUCCGGCAUGCCUCCACCGCAGGUCUCCAGCCAGUAUGGCUCAAAUGUUCAGCAGAAUGGAGCUAACCCUCAAAGGUACCCUGCCCCUCCUUCUGCUGCUGCCCCUCCGUAUGGACAACCCCCUCAUUCCCAGUACCACAGCAUGGCCCCCCAGGCCCCAGCCCCAGCACAGCAGCUCACCAAUCAGAUGGGUUCCAUGAACCUCGGAUAUGGUCCAGGGCCCAUGCAGAGCCCUCAGGCACCCCCCACCUCUCCCCCAGCCCAGCAGCCAUUCCAGACCUCCCCUCCUCCAACCAUGGGACACUCAACCCUGGGCCCCCCACCUACGGGCCCCCAUUCACCUCAGAUGGCUCCCCCACAGUUGCCCCUAGCUGGCCCAUCUAUGCGUGGCCCCCCACCCAUGGGAGGCACGGGUAGGCCCUUCCCAGGCCCACCCCCUCCAGGCGCUGGGGGCUUCCAGCAACCUGGUCCUGGAGCAGCUGGACCACCAGGAUACCCUCAGCAACCACAAGGUCCGUUUGGGGGGCAGAUGGCAGGACCCGGGAUGGCGGGACCCGGGAUGUCUGGCCCCUUCCAAGGUGGGGCAGCCCAAAUGGCCGGGCCACCUCAGAAAAAGCUGGACCCUGACUCCAUCCCUAGCACAACACAAGUCACUGAGGACGACCAAGCCAAACGAGGGGGACAGGUGUACACCACAAACCUCAGGGGCCAGGUUCCCCCACUGGUCACUACUGACUAUACUGUACAGGACCAAGGAAACGCCAGUCCAAGGUUCAUGCGUUGCACCACCUACUCUUUCCCCUGCACGGCUGACCUGGCCAAGCAGUGCCAAGUUCCCCUGGGCGCCAUCAUCAAACCUUUCGCCACGGUGCCAAAGAAUGAGACUCCUCUCUACGUCGUGAACCAUGGUGAGACCGGCCCGAUCCGCUGUAACCGCUGCAAGGCCUACAUGUGUCCCAACAUGCAGUUCAUCGACGGCGGCCGCCGCUACCAGUGCGGCUUCUGCAACUGCGUCAACGAAGUGCCAGCCUUUUAUUUCCAACACCUGGACCACAUGGGCAGAAGGGUGGAUUUAUAUGAGAGGCCAGAGCUGUCGCUGGGGUCAUAUGAGUUCGAAGCCACCCUGGAUUACUGCAAGAACAACAAGCCAGCCAGUCCUCCGGCGUACAUCUUCAUGAUCGACGUGUCCUAUGCCAACAUCAAGAGCGGACUAGUCAGACUGGUGUGUGGGGAGCUGAAGACCCUGCUAGACAACCUGCCCAGAGAGGAUGGUGCUGAGAGCUCGAUGGUGAAGGUGGGCUUCGUCACUUACAACAAGAUCCUACAUUUCUACAACGUGAAGAGUGCCCUGGCCCAGCCCCAGAUGAUGGUGGUGUCCGACACGGCCGAGAUGUUUGUCCCGCUGCUCGACGGCUUCCUCGUCAACUUCCAGGAGUCUCGCGCCGUCAUCAACAAUCUCCUGGACCAGAUCCCUGACAUGUUUGCAGACACCAACGAGAGUGAGACAGUCUUUGCCCCCGUCAUCCAGGCUGGGGUAGAGGCACUCAAGACAGCAGAAUGCAGCGGCAAGCUGUUCAUCUUCCACUCCUCCAUCCCCACCGCCGAGGCCCCUGGGAAACUGAAGAACAGGGAUGACAAGAAGCUGAUCAACACAGAGAAAGAGAAGACUCUGUUCCAGCCCCAGAAGGGUGUGUACGAGCAGCUCUCCAAGGACUGUGUGUCUCAGGGUUGCAGCGUGGAUCUGUUCGUCUUCCCCAGCCAGUAUGUGGACAUCGCCACCAUGGGAGACGUCCCCACACACACAGGAGGCUCCAUUUUCAAGUAUAGCAACUUCCAGGUGGAGAUGGAUGGAGAGCAUUUCUUGAGUGACCUGAGGAAGGAUGUGGAGAAGGCCAUCGGGUUUGACGCCAUCAUGAGAGUCCGCACCAGCACAGGCUUCAGGGCUACAAACUUCUUUGGUGCUAUCCACAUGAACAACACCACAGACGUGGAGAUGGCUGCCGUGGACUGUGACAAGGCUGUGACGGUGGAGUUCAAACACGACGACAAACUUAGUGAGGAGACGGGCGCUCUCAUGCAGUGUGCCUUGCUAUACACGACCGUCAGCGGCCAGCGGCGUCUGCGGAUCCACAACCUCAGUUUGAACUGCAGCGCCCAGCUGUCUGAGUUAUACAAGAGCUGUGAGACGGACGCCCUCAUCAACUUCUUCGCCAAGUCAGCGUACCGUGCCAUGCUGAACCAGCCCCUGAAGACGGUGAGGGAGAUCCUGGUCAACCAGACAGCCCACAUGCUAGCUUGCUACAGGAAAAACUGUGCCAGUCCCUCCGCUGCCAGCCAGCUGAUCCUGCCUGAUGCCAUGAAGGUGUUCCCGGUUUACUUAAACAGCCUGUUGAAGACUGGUCCCCUGGUGGGCAGCGCUGAGCUCUCUACAGACGACAGGGCUCACCAGAGACUCAUCACCACGGCCAUGGGGGUGGAGGAUACCCAGCUGCUUCUCUACCCACGCCUCGUCCCACUGCACAACAUGGACGUUGCCAGUGAUGUGGUGCCAGCGCCAGUGCGCUGUUCUGAGGAGCGCCUGACAGAAACUGGCAUGUUCCUGCUGGAGAAUGGGCGCUCCCUCUUCCUGUGGCUGGGCCAGGCCUGCCCCCCAGAGCUGGUUCAGAGCAUCUUCAAUGUGCCCUCCCUCGCCCACAUGCCCGCUGACCUGCGCUCCCUACCAGUUCUGGAUAACCCCCAGUCUAAGAAGCUGCGUUCCAUCAUUGACUCAUUGCUUGACCAGAGGCCCAGCGCCAUGAAGCUCCUGAUCGUGAAGCAGAAGGACCGGUCUGAGAUGCUGUUCCGCCAGCACCUGGUGGAGGACAAGGGGCUCCACGGUGGAGCCUCCUAUAUGGACUUCCUGUGCUACGUCCACCGCGAGAUCAGACAAGUCCUCACUUAACACCCCCCACUGGAUAUCACCUCUUACAGACUCCAUAGCUGCCUUUCCAACACCCUUUAACCCCUCCCCCUUAUUCCACACAAACCUACAGGACUACCGUUCUCUAUUCUGUCAGAGUAUCAGGAUCUGUGCUCCAGUCUGCUAUGUACAUUUGUCUACUUAUACGAGUCAGUCUGACUUCUUUAAGUCCGCAGAAUUGAUGUACAUUAACAAUUUACUGGUUUCUAUGUAAAUGGAGCAAUGGAUAUAAAAGGAAUUGCUGGGGUUCAGGACAAAUCAGGACCUCCGGACCACAGGUUUGGCCACAUUUGCAACAUUAGACAGUGUUCACUUCGUUUCACAACAUUUACAUUUUAGUCAUUUAGCAAACGCUCUUAUCCAGAGCAACUUACUAUUGAGUAAACAAUUUUAAUUAUAUAUAUAUAUAUUUUUUUUUUUUUUAAUUGCCAAUGUCUGUUUUUAAGCACAUACAUUCCUUUCUUGUCACAAUUUCUCAUUAGGGAAGAGUUUACAGAAUUUCACAGCACCAAAUGGUAAUUUAGCCACAACAUGGGUUAAAAUAAACAUCUGGUUGGCAUGACAAAAAAUGGGUGCUGUGGCUAUUAUUAAAUUAAUGGUUCACUCAACCAUUCAUGAUUGGAUUCCAUUAUUUUCCCAUUCCCCUCAGGUAUGGAGAGAAUUUGCUAGCUAGAUUAUUGAUACAAGGCCAAAUUCAGUGACAACUCACUGACAAACAUGGGAGAAAUAACCCAAAUCAUCUGCGUUAUUUAUCUGUAAAGAUGAGAUUAAACAUUCCACAUUCUUAAUUAAUUCCAGUUAUAUACCUGUAUGCCUUGUUUUUGUUUGUUUUCAUCAAGUUACUGCUUAUGUCUCAUUUACAUUAAUUUAAUAUAUAAAGUCAAGUAUUGGUUGUGUUUGUAUGCGACAUGGAGGUUUUGGGGGAAACUGAGUUCCUGUGCCAGUUCACCGUGUGCCUUAAAUACAUGUUUUUUUUUUUAUUUUUUUAUCUAGGCCAUUAGUCUAUUCCAGUGAGAUACAGCUUUCAAUCUAUCUGUUAGAUUUGUAUGCAAACAUCUCAGGUCAUUCGUGUACCUAGCAAUUGUGGUGCAGAGAUAAACAGUUGCGUAACUGGAAAGACUGAAGUGUACAUGGAAUGGAUCUAUUUGAGUGAAGUGGCCUUGGAGUAGCGCGCCAUGUACAUUCUGAGCUAAAGCGCGCAUAUAUAUCAGUUUGAUUAAAUUCCUGACUAUAUCAAGCUUU